GCGGGGUUGGUGGUGGUGGGGGGGUGAGACCUGAGCAUUUGGGCAUUCAGCUUGGGUCAGGUGGAAAAGAACGGGUGAUUGGUUUACGAGCCGCCAUACUCUCUCCUGAUUGGACAGAAAGGUGUGAGAGAGAAGAGAAUGAGAGGAGAGGGGAGCAGGGAUCCAGCAGCAGUCAGUCCGCUUCAGUCCCUGCUGACUCUGCCGGUGCAGCGCACAUUGAGGAUGGAGAUGUGACUGUUCACCAGAGGAAUACAGCGUGUUUCUGUGGGAUUUUUUUCUUCUUCUGUCAGCCGGAUAAUGGGAGAGAAGAGGCGGGGAGUGAUUUUGACCAUGCUUUCCACUUGGGUUGCGGUGCUUCUCUGUGUGAUUACUCCGGUGUUCACAGUGGAAGAGACAGUGAUGGAUACAAGGACAGCGACAGCUGAGCUCGGCUGGAUAUCAUUCCCUGCCAAUGGAUGGGAGGAGGUGAGCGGCUAUGAUGAGAACCUCAACACCAUCAGGACGUACCAGGUGUGCAACGUGUUUGAACCUAGCCAGAACAACUGGCUCCUCACCACUUACAUCGACAGGCGGGCGGCACAGCGUAUUUACGUGGAGAUCCGCUUCACUGUACGUGACUGUGCCUCCAUCCCCAGUGUCCUGGGUUCCUGCAAAGAGACGUUCAACCUUUACUACCUGGAGACUGACAGGACCGUGUCAGAGGGCAUCAAAGGGGUGGAGUACUGGGCAAAUGCUCCCUUCCUUAAGGUUGACACCAUUGCAGCAGAUGAGAGUUUUUCCCAGGUUGAUUUCGGGGGAAGGCUUAUGAAGGUGAACACAGAAGUUCGGAGUUUCGGGCCACUUUCCAAAGGCAGAGGGUUCCACUUGGCCUUCCAGGAUCUGGGCGCCUGCAUGUCCCUUCUGGCUGUCAGAGUAUUCUACAAAAAAUGCCCCAGCGUUGUGCAGAACUUUGCUUUUUUCCCAGAGACAUUGACUGGAGCAGAAUCCACCUCAUUAGUCAUCGCCAGAGGAAGUUGUAUCCCCAAUGCAGAGGAAGUGGACGUGCCCAUAAAGCUCUACUGUAACGGAGAUGGAGAGUGGAUGGUACCCAUCGGCAGCUGCAGCUGCAAGGCGGGUUAUGAACCAGACAAUGGCAACGUGUGUCGAGCUUGUCCUCAAGGCACCUUUAAAUCCUCCCAGGGGGCAGGAUUAUGUCAGCAAUGUCCACUCAACAGCCGAUCCACCAUCGAGGCCGCCACCCUCUGUGGUUGUCGGAACGGCUAUUACCGCGGUGACAUGGACAAACCAGAGGACGUGUGCACCAGUGUCCCUUCGGCUCCUCGCAACGUGGUCUCACUCGUCAACCAGACAUCAUUGCUGCUGGAGUGGCACUCGCCACGCGACACUGGGCACCGUGAUGACCUCUCCUAUAACGUCUUAUGUCAUCGGUGCCACAGCAGUGAGCGACGAGCAUGUCAGCCGUGUGAUGACAGUGUGGUGUAUGUUCCAGGCAAGCGGGCGUUAAAGGAAACAAGGGUGGAGAUCAGCAAGCUGCGGGCCCACACGUCGUACACAUUUGACAUACAGGCAAUCAACGGAGUCUCCAACAAGAGCCCUUAUCCCGCCCAGCAACUGUCAAUCAACAUUACAACCAAUCAAGCUGCUCCCUCAGUAGUUCCCAUAAUGCACCAAGUGAGCUCAACGAGCCGCAGUUUCUCGUUGUCAUGGCCACAGCCCGAGCAGCCCAACGGAAUUAUCCUCGACUAUGAGAUACGAUACUAUGACAAGUCUCAGUCAUCAGUGCUGAACAGUUCAGUGGUCCAGAGCGAGACGCCCAAUGUGGUCCUGGAGGGGCUGAGGCCGGGGACAGGCUAUGUGGUCCAGGUGAGGGCCCGCACUGUGGCCGGCUAUGGAGCCUACAGCAAGGAGAUGCUCUUCCAAACACUCACUGACGAUGAGUAUAAGUCAGAGCUGGGGCAGCAGCUUUCCCUGAUUGCAGGCUCUUUAGUAGGUGGAGUGUGUAUUGUCUCGUUGGUAGCUAUCGCCAUCAUCUGUACCAGGAGAAGGCAGUUGAAGGAGAGCGUGUACGGUGACAAGCUGCAGCAGUACAACGCAGGGGGAGAGGUGACUCUUAGACCUGACAUGUUUAGCGGUCCCACCCCAACCGUGACCUUUCCCACCCUGUCCGAGGGUCACAGUUCACCGGGGGUCAAGAUCUACAUCGACCCCUUCACCUACGAGGACCCCAAUGAGGCUGUGAGGGAGUUUGCCAAGGAAAUCGACCCCUCUUGUGUGAAAAUAGAGGAAGUCAUCGGAUCAGGUGAGUUUGGGGAAGUGUACAAAGGCCGUCUGAAGCCUGUGGGGAAAAAGGAAAUUCCCGUGGCCAUCAAGACCCUGAAGGUGGGCUACUCCGAGAGGCAGAGGAGGGACUUCCUGUCCGAGGCGUCGAUCAUGGGCCAGUUUGACCAACCGAACAUCAUCAGGCUGGAGGGCGUGGUCACCAAGAGCAGGCCCACGAUGAUCAUCACAGAGUUCAUGGAGAACGGAGCUCUUGACUCGUUUCUCAGGCAGAAUGAUGGGCAGUUCCCAGUGAUCCAGCUGGUUGGUAUGCUGAGGGGCAUCGCAUCUGGAAUGAGGUACCUGGCGGAGAUGAGUUAUGUUCACAGAGACCUGGCAGCUCGGAACAUCCUGGUUAACAGUAAUUUGGUGUGUAAGGUGUCUGACUUCGGCUUAUCACGAUAUCUGGAGGAGGACACCUCUGACCCGACCUACACCAGCUCACUGGGUGGUAAAAUCCCAGUGCGGUGGACGGCUCCGGAGGCGAUUGCCUACAGGAAGUUCACGUCAGCUUCAGAUGUUUGGAGUUAUGGGAUCGUCACCUGGGAGGUGAUGUCAUACGGAGAGAGGCCUUACUGGGACAUGAGCAAUCAAGACGUGAUAAAUGCCAUUGAGCAGGACUUCAGGCUGCCGGCUCCCAUGGACUGUCCAGUAGUGCUGCACCAGUUAAUGCUGGACUGCUGGCAGAAAGACAGGAACGCACGGCCAAAGUUCCCCGAUAUUGUCAGCAUGUUGGACAAAAUGAUACGCAACCCUGCAUCUCUGAAAGCCGGCACCAACAAUGUCGCCCCCGGUCCUUCCCAUCACCCCUUGUUAGAUCGUGGAGCUCCAGACCUGAGCAGGGUGAGCUCUGUGGAAGACUGGCUGGUUGCGCUGAAGAUGACCCAGUAUCGAGACUCCUUCCUGGGCUCGGGUUUCACCUCCUUGCCGCUCGUCACGCAAAUCACUGCCGAAGAUCUUCAGAGGAUCGGAGUGUCUUUAGCCGGACACCAGAAGAAAAUCCUGACCAGUGUUCAGUCAAUGAGGCACCACACUGAUGACCAGUCUCCUACUGAAUCUGUGUAACCGCACAGUGGAGCGAUACAGUAUGAAAUAUGCGACCAGUUUACAGUCUAUAAGCAAGCAGGCUAUCAUCUUACACUUCUGUUUUACCCCUUUUCCACUGAUCGUGGAGAUCUUGACAUGUUUUCGAACAAUCACUGUGGCCAUUUCUGUGUCUGCAUGGCAGCAGCAGUCCCUCAUUCACCAUUUAGCUUCCUAAACUGAAUUACACUAAAUGGCUCCUGGAAGGAAUUCAAUGCACAUUUAGUGCAAGAGCUAAUGCUAGGCAGAAAUGAUUUCUAACUGAAAAAAAAAAAAAAAAUAGUGUCUUCUCUUUAAAAGAUUUUCUGUCUGACCUGAAGGGACAAACACCCAAAAACUGCCUGCAAAAUAUCUUUGACUUUGACUACAGACCCGUUUUUACCAGCUUGACUGUUUAAUUCAAGGACGUCACAGACUGUUUUUAUGUAAGGAUCAAUCACACAAACAUACGACUGUGAAGAGAAAGUGUCUGAUUGACAUUUAUAUGAAAGGACACAAACUGGAGAAAAAAAAGCCUGACAAAAGCUGUAUAAAGAAGUAUAGAUGACAGGCCGUGUUAUCUCCGGUGUGUUUUGUUGAGACUACUUCAGUGUGUUGGUGAAAAUUACCAUUUGAAUCCAGACAAGAGCCAACAGUUAAACAGGACUUUGUGAAUCUUCAUAUUGAAGAGUCUGUACAUAUUAAGAUAUGGGAUGUUUAUUUCCUGUUUGCUCAUUUGCUUUCACUUUUGCCAACAGCAUCGGACAAUUACUUGUCACUGGAGUAUUUGUGAGUUCGCUAUGAUUAUCUUCCUCUGGAUGACUCAUCACUGGACUAUGGAACAAACUUUGAAGUGCUGUGGACUACAGACAAAAAAGAAAAAAAAAAAUAGGUUUCAUACUGUAGCUCUAUUUUUUGUACUUUCCAUGCUGCCAUGAAAAGAUAAACACUUCCAUGCAGAGAGCUAGCAGCGCUUGGCCUACUUAGAUACUUAAUUCAGAGGGAACUUAUAAUGGAUGAUGUUUUACAAUCAGCGCAAAUGCCCUCUGAGGAAAGCCAAUUAUGGAUCAGAAAACGGAAACAAAAUAUGAUAAAGAAAUAAGAAACCAUUUCAGUGUAACAGAAUCAAAGUUCCUUUUCAAGUUACAGUAGGAAGCAUGGCAACUGCACACUUAGAAGUAUGGAUGAUUUGAAAAAAAAAAAAAAAAACAAGACAGCGGAAGAGGCUGCGGGUAUGAAGUCAUUAGCAGCUGCUGAGUCACACCUGUUGUAAACGCACUGCAGUGGCCAGAGAAUCUCAAAAGAUAGAAAAAGGUUUUCUCAUCUUAUGUUCUUGUGAUUUGGCUGCAAAACCUAAAGCUGACUGCCAGUCAAUCAAUACGGCGCAUGAACAAACCAGAAAUCCAAUGCUCAUGUACUGUGCUCGCAUGAAACAAAUCUCAUUUCUGUCAAGACUGUAUGGCUGCCAUCCCGAUGGUAAUCAUCUCUCUACACCAGGCAGACAGGGCCCUAUAGUGUUUUUUUUUUUGUUUUGUUUUGGUUUUUUUUUUAAUUAAUUGGCUGACGGACAUGUCAUUGUUGUCAGAGUCUGUUGUGACAGUCACAUACCCUGAUCGACAUCGCUGAUUACCACCGCUGCGUCAGUUUGCAGAUAAAAUGACAUGAAGUGAUCUAUCCACGGGCUUAAUGUGGACAACAACCUUUUCAACGCGGGGUCUUAUGCAACACACAGUAACAAGCAACACAGAUUGAUUUCUCAGACAUGUCAUAGAAAAGAUCUAACAAGAAAAGACGGCAAAAAAUACAAAACGCUGCGGGGUCAAGAAGAAAACCGCUGUCUUAUUUAUCAUGUUUUAAUGCUUAAAUGUGAUGUUUGACUUGCUGUCUUUGCUCACAUUGGAACAAAAUAUGAUAUCAUGAAAGCUGAUCUCACUCCAGGGCACAGUAGUGGAGAAGCACUGGGAGAUCUCUUUUAUCUCAGUGCUGAGAAGAUUACCAGCUGUGAAACAACGGCAGGCCUUCAGCCCAAAACCUCUGGUCAUGCGUGUGCACCAACAUCCCGAGGAUUACCAGUUUGAGGCAUUGAUUGGAUGCCGUUAUUUUAUUUCUCAUCCGCUGCGAGCCGGGCUCACAAUGACAGCAGUGACAGUGUUUAGUUGUUUGCUUUCAACACGUUCUACUGCUGCGUGACUCCAACGUGUCCUACAGGAAGCUGUGUUUGUGUUUGUCUCGCGCUACCGUCAUUCUCCACUGCUGGGACGCCCCAAAGUCUUUUAUUUAUGAGAGAUGUGAAAUUGAGAGGUCCAUGACUAUUUUAAACCUCCAAACAUUUUUCAGUCGCCACUUUUUCGCCAAAUCACAGCUCCGCGGGCGCGACCGGAAUUGCAUUUGUUGCCUGGCAACGAUAGCUUAUUGAACAUUUUAUCAGGAAGUAUUGAGAACAACUGGGAGCGUGUCAGCGGUUCAGAGGCAUAAUUCGUUGUAAAUAGAUGCCUCUGGAAGAACAGUUCCAGCGUUUGCUCGGGGGUUUAAUAAAGAGUGAGAUGACUAGUGCGUCUAAAAGCUCAUAUUGAACACCACCUUAAAUGUCACACUGAAGAAAUGAAAGCUAUCAACACAGACAGGCAUCUUAAUACAUUAUGUAACAUUUGUAGCUAAGUGUGAUGUGUCUAUCCCUUGCUUCGUGUUUUUUCCUUCUGGUAUUUAACAAGGUUAGAUGUGAGCUUUCAGAGACAUUUCACAUGUUACUGUGUCAGUGUUUGUGAAAAGACAAUGAAGGCAUAAAUGAUCUACAGCAGGUCUUGUAUUUAUACUAUGACAUGUCUUGGUUUGAGCACAAGCACACGCCACAGAGAGGAUAUCUCAGGAACAUGACAGAUGUGAGGUUUUGUCUGCAUCGCUGCAUAAAGUGUGAUCUUUAAUUGGUAAAUCAUGCACUAUGUAAAGAGAUUAAUCCAAGUUGAAGUGCUUUAAGAGUUCAUGGAGAAAAGUGUUACGAUGUUAGUUUUCCGAAGUGCUUAUUAAAAGUUAAAUCCACCCUAGAAGAGAAAUUCAGCUUCAAAAAGAGAAGAACAUGUUACUAAAAUCUUUCAGAGUUCCCUGCUUGUUAGCACGAAAACAGAGAGAUAAAGUUUCAGGCGAUGAACAAUAGGGAGGCUUAAUACACAGUCUGAUUGCAUCUGUGCCGAAUGUCUGGGUGCAUCUUCUAGUUCAGGGCUAAAUUGAGGUUUUAAUCCUUUUUAUUGAAAGCAGGGAGAGACCACGCUUUUCAAUUUUUUCCUCCUCAUGCCCCCUUUUUCUUUUUUAUCGAGGGUUUGUAGGAAAAUUAUGUAAAAGGUUCCACUAAAAGUCAUCCUUGGAAGUGUGUUUCUGUUUCACAGAAACAAAGUAUGUUUUAUGAUCAUGACUCUAAAACUAAAGCAAACAAAACAAAAUCUGAUUCAAAACUCAGUGGACAAAAAACCUGUUGACCUGUUGACCUGUUGACCUGUCACUGUCAACGAAGACCCAAGCUGUGUCCAGAUUGCAAACUACACACUAAUUCUAAGCAGCUUUUGAGUAUGUGGUGUGUUCACACGGGUGAAGUUACAAAAUAAAUACUAUUAACUCAAAAAAGUCAGUAUGCUUACUAGAAAAUGUGUUUUUUCUUUGUUUUUUGAGUGUGCUGUUAAUGGACACUCGGGACACUUAAGGAAGCUACGAUAAAUUAAAACAAAUUAUGGAUGAUG